AUGAGUGGAUCUGGGCUGCGCGUGCAGAUCGCCUCCUACAACGCCAACCUGCAAGGCGCAGAGACCACGCGGCACGACCUCACUCCCUGGCUGAUCCCCGCAGCGGAACAAAGACCCGUCCAGCCCGUCUCGUCCAAGCCGGUCACCAACGCCAACGUGCUCGAGGCAGCUGCAUACAAGUCGAGCAAUGCCAAGACGCCGUCUACGCAUCCAUCGCUGCCGCGCGAGGCACCCGACUUCUACGCUGUAGGCUUCCAAGAGCUCAUCCCGCUCCAUACCGGCUUUGCAGCGUCAGGCCAUGUGGCUCUCUACAACACGGACCUCGACAUUCGCAGGACGGUGCGUCCGCAUCAGGCGGUAGUAUCGGGCACAGGCAUGUACGCUAGCCUCGAGGAGGGCGGAGGACCGGAAGGCUAUCCGCUGCUCUGCAGGGUCGACCUGGUGGGCAUCGCGCUCUUCGUCUACGCCCGAGAGCGAGCGGCGUUUUCCGUGUCCAAAGCGACCACUACGAGCGCGCGCAGUGCAGCGCACCGCGUCAAGGAGAUUCGCGCUGCCAAAGUCGGCACCGGUCUGGCGGGCGUCAUGGGCAACAAGGGUGGCGUCGGCGUGCGCAUCGUUGUAGCCGCUGCGGACGGCAAGGGGCCAGACGAGGUGCUCACCUUUGUGAGCGCGCAUCUGGCUGCGCACGACCACAACGUGCUGCGCCGCAACAAGGAUUGGCAGCAGAUCGUCCAGCGCAUGGUGUUCGAGCCGACGUCGGUGCAGAAGCUUCCAAUCCUGCAGGAGCAAAGCUCGAAGCCGCUCAACCCCAACGACAUGGACGCACUCAAGCGGCAGCACGAGAAAGAGACGCAGCCCGACAAGCGCGCAAGGAAGACCGCUCCGCUGGACGACAAGAGCUACACGGUGUACGACACGACGCACCUGUUCGUGUUUGGCGAUCUCAAUCACCGCAUUGCGCUGGGCAAGAGCGAACUCGAGCGCGCACGCAAAGGCGACGAAAAGGCCGGCGCCUCCUCGGAGCUGACCAAAGAGUCGCUCUUCAAGGCGCUCGAAGCGGGCGACUGGUCUACGCUGUCAGAGUACGACCAGCUGAGCUACCAGCGUCUGUCGCAGCCACCCAAGGCGUUCCACGGCCUCACGGAGCUGCCCAUCGAACAAGCUGGCGUUCCGCCGACUUACAAGUACGUCGUGUCGCGGCCGGGCAAGCAGACCAAGAAGAAGAACGCCGGCAUUACGUCGGAUGCCCUGGAGGGUCAUACGCUCAACAAGAAGCGCGUGCCCGGCUGGACCGAUCGCAUCCUGUGGGCAUCUGCGCCCGCUCGGGACCAGAACGCACAGCACGGCGUUGAGGUCGAGUUCUACCGCAGCAUCAUGCAGUACACCCACUCGGACCACAAGCCCAUCACUACCCUGCUCCGUCUGCCACCGCCCGGCUCAUCGCCGCAAUUGCUCUCGUCGCUCAACCCAUACGAGACGCUCCCAUCGACUCAGCGACUGCUGCUCUCCACCAGCGGUGUGGUGCUCGACAGACUCGUGGGCUACAUCUGGAGCCUUCUCCUCCUCGCUGGCGGUGGCAGCUUGGCAGGUGGUCUGCUCGAGGUGUUCAUCAUCGGUGCGAUUACAGCGUGGUGGUUCUACCAGCCCAGGGCAUGA